GACGCUGCGCGGCAGCUGGCGGAGGCGCAAAAGGCGCUGGGCAACGAGGCCUUCAAGGCAGGGAGGUACGAGGAGGCGGUACGCUGCUUCAGCGCGGCGGUACAGCUGUGCCCAGGCACCGCGGUGUACCACGGCAACCGGGCGGCGGCGUGCCUGAUGGGGAAGCGGUACCCAGAGGCGGUACAGGACAGCCUCAAGGCGGUACAGCUGGACGCCGCCUUUCCCGCGGUGCGGCUGAAGGUGGAGGCGCUCAUCGCCUGCGGCAGGUGCGCCGCCUGGCCCUGCCCACGCCGAGCUGCUGUGUCCUUGAUUGCUCUCCGCCUGCCCCCUCCAAUUCCCUCUCCACCUCGCCCCUCCAGCUCCCUCUCACUCCCCUCUCCCUCUCCCUCUCCCUCCCGCAGGCAUGCCGAGGCGGUGGCGGAGGCGCGGGCGAUGACCUUGCAGGGCGACGCCCAGGCGCCCGAGGUGCUGGCGCUGCGCAGCCGGGCGCUGUACCUGUGCGGUAACAUGCAGAUGGCGCAGCAGCUGUACCAGCAGGCGCUCAGGCGCGACCCGGACUGCGUGCCGGCGCAGCGCGGCCUGAAGCGCCUGCGGGCGGUGGCGGGGGGCAAGGAGCGCGGCAACGCCGCCUUUUCUGCGGGCGACUAUGGCGAGGCGCACUCCCAGUACAGCGCCUCGCUGGCCGCCGACCCUGACCUGCGCACCCAGUUUGUGGCGCAGGUGGCAUGCAACCGCGCGGCGGCGGCGGCCAAGCUGGGGCGGCACGAGGAGUCGCUGGCCGACGCCGAGCUGGCCAUUUCCAUGGAUGCAUCCUACACCAAGGCAUAUGUUCGCAGGGCCCAGGCACACCAGGAGCUGAAGCAGUACGAUGCGGCGGUACGAGACCUGGAGCAGGUGGCGGAGAUGGAGGAGGGAUACCCAGGGCUGGGCGAGAUGCUGCGCGACGCACGGCUGGCGCUGAAGAGGAGCAAGCGUGUGGACUAUUACGGCGUGCUGGGGGUGGAGGCGGAUGCCGGGGAGGAUGGCAUCAAGAAGGCGUACCGCAAGGCCGCGCUGAAGUACCAUCCGGACAAGGAGGAGCGGGAGGCGGCCGAGGCUCAGUUCAAGCUGGUGGGGGAGGCCUUUGCCGUGCUGUCCGACCCGCAGCAGCGGCGGCGGUACGACGCGGGGUGGAACCUGGAGGUACAGGGGGCAGCUUCACAUGUACUGCACCCUUGCCCCAGCUUGAUCUCAAAGCUAGACGUUGACAUGGCCCCGCUGCUGCUUGUUUCUGUCUGUGUUGGAUGCCGUGCAAGUCCCGUGGCCGGCGGCGCCAAGGCAUUGAGUCUGCCGCCGGCCACACACGCCUGCGCCGUGGCCUGCACCCGUGCAGGAGAUCCAGCAGGGGUAUAG